GUUGUUGUGGUCCCCAUGGAGCUGCCGUAGCGGACCCAGCACAGCCAGGAGCGUCCGGGAUGAGCUCAGCCGCGGCCGACCACUGGGCGUGGUUGCUGGUGCUCAGCUUCGUGUUUGGAUGCAAUGUUCUUAGGAUCCUCCUCCCGUCCUUCUCAUCCUUCGUAAGUGGCUGCCUGGCCUCCCAAGGGCCGGUGGGGAUGCCGCCCCAGUCCCCCGGCGGGUCUGGCGUAGGUACAGGGGUCUCAACUGGGCGACUGAAGGCCGUAGUAGCGUCUUGGUUGGUCCGUAAGCUUUUUUGAGAUAGUUGUUAGCGUCUAAAAGGUGCGACGCUUUACCCCAAAAUCAGACUUUCUGGGUUCUAGGGGGUUGGGAGAAACACCCGGCAACCCUGGGCCACGCUUUCACGUGGCAGGACUCUUCUGGCUGUGGGUGGCGGCGGCGAACCUCACACUGGGAGUUCCUAGUGCCCCGCUGUCAGCCUCGUUUCCGUUAAUCCUGGUCCCUAGAGGCAUUCGAGCAGCCGUCGGCCAGGGUUUCCCAGAGGCCUGGCGGGCGAAGUCAGCUGUUCCAGGUCCCGGAGAGAUGGAUCCUCGCGUCCAGGAGCCCACAUUCUUGGGAUGUCCAGGGUGCUGCAGAAGGACGCGGAGCAGGAAUCACAGAUGAGAGCGGAGAUCCAGGACAUGAAGCAGGAGCUCUCCACGGUCAACAUGAUGGACGAGUUUGCCAGAUAUGCCAGGCUGGAAAGAAAGAUCAACAAGAUGACGGAUAAGCUCAAAACCCACGUGAAAGCUCGGACAGCUCAAUUAGCCAAGAUAAAAUGGGUGAUAAGUGUCGCUUUCUACGUAUUGCAGGCUGCCCUGAUGAUCUCACUCAUUUGGAAGUAUUAUUCUGUCCCUGUGGCUGUCGUGCCGAGUAAAUGGAUAACCCCUCUAGACCGCCUGGUAGCCUUUCCUACUAGAGUAGCAGGUGGUGUUGGAAUUACCUGUUGGAUUUUAGUCUGUAACAAAGUUGUCGCUAUUGUGCUUCAUCCGUUCAGCUGAACAGGAGGAUGGAUACAGCCGCGAGGCUAAAAAACGGAUUUCCUCUUACUAGCUUAAAAUCUGAUUUACACUGUUUUGUUUUUUAAGAAACAAAAGUGCACAGUUUAGAUUUUUUUUUGUUGAAUAUGUUUGUUCUUGGACUUUAUGAGAGCGUCUUAGAAGAAUCAUGAUUUUCUACACCUGUCAUUGAGCCAAGAAAGUCCAGUUUAUGACACGUAUGUGAACACCGUCCUCGAUCUGUACGAAAUGUGAAAUGUUUAGGGACAUCUCCGUGCUGUCACUUGUGAUUUGCCCUCUUAUGUAUUUUGGUCAUAUUGCCAACUGGAAAGUCAAAAUUUUCUAACAACUUUAAGUAAGUUCUUUGAAGACUUAGUGCUGUUUUUAAUCCAGUUUAGAAAGUAACUUAAUUUUAAUACCACUACUAAAAAUUAGAAAAUUUCUUCUUUAAUCACAUUCAAUAUGGUUAAAAGAACAACACUAAUUGACAUUGCGUGGGCUUUUUCUCCCUUUGUUUAAAAUGUCAUUUGUUGAGCAAGAGUUGUAUAGUAUUAUCUACUUACUUGAGGCUGUUAAUUUUUCAUUACAGUGUUUUGUAAAUGUAUCCACGAGACCAUGAUGCAUUGUUUUGUGCUCAACUUGUGUUUUGUAUUUAAAGCAUUUUGAAUGAAGUGUAUUUUAUAAGCAUUUAAUAUUUAUGCUCUUUAGAAUGGAACACAGAAAACAAACCUUAUAAGGCCUGAUUAAAUUAAUCUGAACCAAUAACCUGUGUGACCUACAAAGUAUAAUUCUAUUAAAUGUUCCUUAAAACACUUUUUUCUAAUUAAAAUCUUUGCAAGUGCUUGUGUAACUUCCUGCCUUACAGCUACUUGUUUGCUGUGAGCCACCCGCAACUGACAAGUGGCUGUUAACUGAGUCACCAUAUCCCAGUAAAGCUGAAUUCUCUCACUA